AUGCGUCUUUUGAGCGUUUCAGCGUUCUUCAGUGUAGUGUCGCUGUUAAUUAAGGAUGUCAAUGCUAGCACAUCCCCUUCGCUCAACUGGGGAGUCCAGGAGAAACAAUCUAUGGAUCCUACGGAUCCCCAUGGUAGCCCCUGGGUCAUCGAGUCUUUGGUUGAUACCCAAAACGACACGGCGGUGGUCGUUGAUCCUGCAGUAACAGACACCCACUCCCUGUUGGCGGGAUCUGCCGACACCAGCCUAACCGUUUCAGGCCCGCUUCUCUAUGCAGAUGAAUUUUCCUCAGAAACCGUAGAGGGCGGCAUCAAAGGGGCAGUCGCACCGUCCCCGCCUCAACACCAGACCAGAGGGAGCCACAAGAUGCCGCUCUCAACAUUCUUCGUCACUGUAGUUUUAUUUUUUGGUGCAUGUUUGAGGCUUUUCGCACCCCAGCCCGUGAAGGGGUCGGGGAUUUUGAAUAUCGAGGAAGGACAUAGUCUUCAGGAGCAGCCAGGCGAGACAUGGGAGCAGUUUGAUCAGCAGCCAGAGCAGAAGUCAGGGGAGGAGGAGCAGCAACGAGAGGAAGACGACGAGCCCACUGAGAGAGAUAUGCUGCUACCGCAACUGGAUGUGCUGCAGCAGAUACAGCCAGUGGCCUUUGCAGUUGCAAGUCGCGUGGGGAAAGACGAUAUUUUCGAUGCCCUUCAAGAAACUUGCGACAAUAUACGGAUUGCUAGGGAAGCACAGCAAGAAUAUGCCGCUGGCAACAUAGGGGCCCCUGGCUCUUUUGAGAAUAUACUGAGGGAAACUAUUGAGAACGGAGUCACGGUGCUGUCUGGCCUGUACGAGGAUGCGCGACAUCACGGGCUGCGUAUGGCGCGAGAAACCAGGGCGUUGAAAUCUGCCCCUAUAAUUUGCCAAAAAGAGGUGGAAAUUUUGCAUCAGGAGAAUAGCGUUGUCAUGUCUGCGAUUAUGUCUCACAUGGGUAUCCUAAAUGCUUAUCAUAAUAUUUGUCAGCGGAAAACGAGUUAUGUACAGCGGGAUAUGCAUGGGCUGCCGCCCUUCACAAGACUGGAAGACCGCCAUCUGUUGGGUGCUGUGGCUGCAAAUCUGUUGUUUAUGGAGGCGCUGCAAAACGCUGUCGAAUCAGGCGCAAGUUCGGUGACAGAUUUAGGGAUGGCAAUCACUGCUGUGGCGAUGCUGCACGUCAAGCGCGAGCAGACUUGCAUGUAUAGAGAAUACAGGGACAUUGUCGAGGGGCAGCAUGCUCUAUGGAAAGCAGCGAAGCAGCAGCACCUACAUUCUUCUACUCCAGCAGACCCUGCUGCACUGCAGGCCCUGGAUGAGCUGGAGGAGAAACUCCAGCUGGCACAACAGCUGCUCUCCAGAUACCAUGAUGCGGUGAAUAUUCUGAAUGAAUGCGCCGCCAUCGGCCCAGCACAAGCUGCCAGUCAACAGGCGCAACAAGUGGGACAGGAGCUGAAAGCCCUGCUAGACGUUGUGACCUCUCUCAUGGGAUCCGUUUCCAGCCCCAAAACGACAGAAGCGGUUGCAGACCACACAGAAGAUUUGCAGAAAGUCAUGGAAAAUAUGGCAUCAAGAGCCAUUCAGGACGCAGCAGCAGCAACAAGGAAUAUUAUUGACCUUCACAAAAGGAUGGAAAGCAAUAAGGGCCCCCACGAGUCUGUGGAGGAGGCAGAGCAACACCAGGAAAAGCAGGAGCAGGCGCAGCAGCAGCAGACAGGGUCUGCCGAAGAAGCUCUAGAGAACGUUCCGAUUCGCCACGAUCUGAAAGCGGCGUUUCACCGUAUAGAGAGGAAGGCCAAGGUUGCAUUCAACCAGGCCUUCAGUGCGUCAGUCUCGCAGAAAGAGAGCAGCAGCAACGGAGCAGAAACAUCUUCAAUGAACCGCGUCUUGACUGCACGGAAAGCCGCUACCGAGGCUGAGAACCUCUUGGGGGAAGCUGAGAUGCUGUGGCUGCAGUGGAAGCUGAUAAAAGCUAUCGGGGAAGACGUCGAGGUGAGUACCAGCAUUGCGCUGAGAGCAACAGAAGCCCUCCAGCAGCAGCAGCAGGAGCUUCCGCAUAUGCGUCGUGGAAAAAUACAAAGUAUCGCCAAGAGAAACAAAAUGGCUGACACUUUGGUGAAACAGCUGAACGAUUUCACGGCUUCGAUAGGGUCCCAUUCAACUUUGGAGGACUUGGCAGCAGCAGCAGCAGCAGUGAAAGGGACAGCAAUCGCCCUCUUCUCCGUUGUUCAAGAAAACCAACACGAUGUAAUUCACAGCAUUCUUAUCUAA